AUGUCGACGCCGCCAGCCGACGACAACCGUGAGGAUGCUAACAACCGCAGCUUUUGGAUGCCGGGCAACUACCAGCGCACGGUACGGCGGACGGAGGACGCCUUUCAGGCAUGUGGCGACCUGGCCACGUGCUUCCUAGAGCGAGCCCGAGUGGAGCGUCAGUACGCACUGCAACUCAACGAGUGGAGCAACAAGUGGAAGCCCCACGUGGACUCAAGUCCUCUCUACGGGUCCCUGCUGAAGGCCUGGCAGACUUUCCUGUCGUCGGCCGACCGUCUGGCAACUCUGCACGCGUCCAUCUGCCGCUCCCUGGCGACCGAGGAUGCCGAGAAGCUGAGAACCUGGCAGAAGGACGCCUUCGCCAAGAAGAUCUUCGGGGGUUUCAAGGAGGCCCAGGACGCCGAGACGGGCUACGCCAGGGCGCAGAAGCCUUGGACAAAACGCCUGAAAAAGCUGGACAAAGCCAGACGGGCGUACCACAAGGCGAGCCGCAAGGAGCACGCCGCCCGGGAGCGCGAAUCCCAGGCUCGAGCCAAUCAGAACGUGGCGGCGGACAAGCAGAAGAAGAUUCAGGAGGACCGAGAGGCGGUCCAGCAGGAGACCCUCAAAGUGCGAGCCCGCUACGAGAAGGUGCUGGAGGAGACUAAUCGCUAUGCCCCUCGCUACAUGGAGGAGAUGGAGGCCAUCUUUGAGCAGUCGCAGGACGAGGAGCGCAAGAGGAUGGUCUUUCUCAAGCAGGUCUUCCUCUCCAUCAACAAGCACCUCGACGUCACCGCCAAUGACAGCGUGAAGGAAGUUUACAGCCAGCUCCGCGACACGGUGGCGGCCAUCGACGAGCACGAGGACCUCCGCUGGUGGAAGAACACGCACGGGCCCGGCAUGCCCACCGACUGGCCGCACUUCCAGGAAUGGACGCCCGAGAAAAAAAACAAAAAGGGGAAGGAGGUGUUUGAAGACAAUGCCACCUUAGAGAAGAGCGCGAUGAUUGUCGGCGUGAGGGUGAGAGCGUUGUACGACUACGUCGGCCAGGAGACGGAUGAACUCUCCUUUAAAGCCGGCGAAGAGUUUGUGAAGAUGGAGGAUGAGGACGACCAGGGCUGGUGUAGAGGCUUGAAGGACGACGGCCUGGAAGGCCUUUAUCCCGCUAAUUACGUAGAGGUGGUUUAG